UCUGCACAUUACAAUCGUCAUACAUCGACUAUCUCCUGAAUCCUCCGUCAGAAUAAUGUAUCCAAUAAAUCGUCUGCAGAACCAGAGUCGUGUACAUGAAUGAGUGUCUGCCAUUCAGUGGAAAAUUAUUUGCAAUUCAAUACAACUUUUGUUUCACUCAUUUUCUGGGAUUACUUCUUCUACAUGUAUUCUAGUUUCUGAUUUAUCUAAGUUUUAUAUGUUUUAAAACACCAAAAUAAGAUAUAUAUUCGCGCUUAAAUCGUCGGAUGCGCCUGUUCAACGUUCAAGAUGUGUAUAUUGAUUUCGCAUAUUUACACGGCAAACGUUUUUCUUGCGGAUGAGCUGCACGAAUAAUAACAUGUCGCUAAGCUGCAGACAUACUUCAUGCUGCGCGGAAACAUCGUGUUAGAAAAUAGACUAGGACGAUAACUGCAACAUGUGUGUCACUUUCAAAAUGGAGUUGAACACGAUGCAAUUGAAUGUGCUUAAUUUAAAAACUGUUUAAGCUGAAAAUCCCUAAAGGUGAAAUAAUGACGUCAUUUCUGGACGCUUUCAAUGAACUGUACCGUCAAGUAAAUAAGAAAACAAACGAAACAGUGACAGAAUGCAUCACAAAUAUCCCUGAUGACAAGUUCCACCUUUGGUUACUCCUGCCGUCGAGUCUGAUGAUUAUCCUACUUGCGUUCUCGUUUCACCGGAAGAACCUCCGCCUAUCAUGCCUGGGUGGGAGACCAGCAGCUGUAUUUCCCAUGGAUAUCUUGGGCAAGUCCAACCGGAUGUCCUAUGCGGCCGCCUGGGGCUCUAUAACCUUCCUGACGAUGGAAAUGAUAUUUGAGAAAACAGUAAUUGUGGACCUGCAUGGUCCAACAUACGUUACAAUCUGGAACAAGAUCCUGUCAAUUAUGAUAAUAGGGAUUGACUACUAUCCCAUGUUUGCUGCUCUCGCAUUGGAAUCUUUGGUCAGCCUUGUGGUUGCCGCUGCAUACGUAUUUAUGCUGUUCAUUGUCAACCUGUACAAGAUCUUUGAAUGCGAUCUCAUACCGAUAGCGCGUCUAAUUCUGAUUGCUCGAGAUCUACCAAAUCUCGUCUGCUUAGGCUACCUCUGUGUCAGCAUUCCGAUGCGUAUAAUUCAAGGGCUGCGUACAAAGACAGUUAGCUUCUAUACGUCAUCAGAGAUGGUGGCCCUUCUUAACACGAAAGAUCUAGAUUUGACCCCUGAGGCGGAACAUGUCCGAGAUCUCUUUCGCCCACCAAGACCUCCACCAUCACCUCCGGGCAACUUACAAGAGAAGAUAAAAGAGAUCGCAAAGGGAGUGAUUGACGUUGUCAUCUACCAUAACAAACACAAGUACCGCUACUCCUCGCGAAUUCUGACAGUGACAGUGAUGGGUCUAAUUUUGUUGUAUUAUGUUGCCGUGGAAUUAUUCGUUGAGUUCCUGCCUUUGUUCUAUAUGAUAGACAAAGGUUUUGAAUCAACGACUGACAUUAUCAAUAGCAAUGGCACCACAAGCGAAGAGCAGUCGAUCACCGAAGUAUUCGUGUUUUUACAAGAACUGGUCCAGAACUCGCGUUUCUGCUAUAUCGUGUCCUUGACCUUUACCAUAGUGGCGGGAAUACUUUCAAUUCUCCACAUGCUUGCGUCAUACAGGACCAACCUGUUAGCCCUGUAUAAAGGCGAUAACACACAUAUCCCGCACCGAUCGACUAUGGAAAACAAGUCACUGCUGGUUGGAAGCAUGCGGUUUGCCGGCUACCAGGUCGCCUACAUUGCUUGGGGGUUUAUGUUACAUUUAUUCUGUUUCUUCAUGGCCUCUAUUGCCUUGUGCGUGUUGAUAAUGCUAUUGAUGCGAGGAAUCAGUGGAUGGCUUCUAGAGAUUUUGGAAACCAUGUGGCCGGCAUUGAUGAUUACUACGAUUCUUGUGAUUGUGCAGAAUUUGCUCUCAACGUUUUUCUUCCUGCAAGGAAGGGGUCUCUAUUUGGCAAUAGACAAUAGACGCGGACUGUUCAGCUUUUCGUUCUUCAUGUUCUUCUACAACAUCUUCAUCGGGUUCCUUUCAUGCCUUCUCCGGAUCAUCAAGUCUGUCGUUAUAGGCGCCGUGUUUUUGCCGCGUCUCGACAACAGCGCCCUCCCUAGGAGGUUUCAGAUGAUGGAUCCAGGAUUCGCUGCUUAUGUUGGGUUUUUGCACGUAGAAUGCUCCCAUACCCAUCCCGUUGUGCUUAUGUUCGUACGGAUAUUGAUGGCGGGAAAGAAGAAAAGAGAUGAGUCCAUUAUUGACCCAGAGAAAUCAGACGUUACCAAAGAGAAGGCACUGGCAUUUGUUCGAGCCAGAAUCCGAUGGCAAACUGCGUAUUCAAUUUUGAAAAAUCCGGCAUUAAGGGCGCUGAGAAAAUCACAAAUAGACCGUGCGAAGGAAAUGCUAGAGCGCCUGUCACAGUUGUACCAUCUAGACAAAAACCAAACAUGCGAACUGAUGAGUCAAAUAACAAAAGCCGGAAUAGAUUUAAAAGACGUAAAUGAUGCAGUCGAGUCAGAACAAUCUUGUCAGAAAUUACCAUUUACACAAAACUGGUACAAAGCGUUAAAGAUACACAGCUUCAUGCAGAAAAUAACAAGGGAAAGGGAGUUAGGACUAGGAAUUUUCGCUAACCAGCAUCAGAGAGAAGACCGAAACGAACAAGUGGACUUUACUGAGAACAAUGAAGGUACACUGAUUGUGCAAACACCCUCGACUAGAUGGAAAUUAGCGAAGUUUUUAGCUGUUGACCUUCAAACCAAAGGACAGGGCAGUUCGAUCCAGAUGUCUGAUAUACAAUCGAAUGUUUAACGUGCUUUGUGUAAUAAGCAUGAUUAACAGAUAAUACAUUCAGUAUUGUAUUGUAAUUGUAAUGUAAAUAACACAUUUCAAGUUACAUUUUAUGUUAUGUUUUGUAUUUAUAUUAAUAAAUGUGUUUCAUUUAUCUUAAACGUAAUCUAUUUAUUUAAUGUCAAAAUAAUAUAACAUGUUACAUUGUAAUAUAUAACAAUGGUUUAUUUGCUAGUGAUGUGCCCAUGCGAAUCGAUUUUAUUUCCAUGCCAGAUUCUGUAUUAACAGUAUAAUUUUUCAGUAGUUUUACGAAUUUGUCUAUAUGUUAAAAUAUUGAAAUACUAAUUUGCUAUAAAUGUUGUUUAUGUA